UCGACGCGUUCUGCACCGAUCAAGCAGGCGAGCAAACAGCAGCCAGCUGGGGCAGAGAGAGAGGCAGAGAGAGCGACAAACAACAACAUGACAGCACCGAGCAACACAUACGAUGUAAUAGUGGUCGGGGGAGGAAUAUCAGGGUUAAGCGCCGCCAAGCUGUUGAAGGCGAGUGGGCUGAAGCCUGUGGUUCUAGAGGCCAGAGACCGAGUUGGAGGACGGACCUUCACUGUUCGGAAUAAGGAGACCACCUAUGUGGACCUGGGAGGGGCUUAUAUUGGGCCCACUCAGAACCGCAUCCUCCGAUUGGCCAAGGAAUACAAUAUUAAAACCUAUAAAGUCAACGAGGAAGAGAGUCUGUUGCACUAUGUCAAGGGGAAGUCAUACCCAUUCAAAGGCUCCUUCCCACCCAUGUGGAACCCCUUUGCCCUCAUGGACUACAACAACCUGUGGAGGAAGAUGGAUGAGAUGGGUGCAGAGAUCCCCAGAGAGGCCCCCUGGAGAGCCCCCCAUGCUGAGGAGUGGGACAAGAUGACAAUGAAAGAGCUCUUUGACAAGACCUGCUGGACCGGUGUGGCCCGGCGCUUCGCCACGUUGUUUGUGAACGUGAACGUGACCUCGGAACCCCACGAGGUGUCGGCGCUCUGGUUCCUCUGGUACGUCAAGCAGUGUGGAGGAACCAUGAGGAUCUUCUCUACCACCAAUGGAGGACAGGAGAGAAAGUUUGUGGGCGGCUCAAGCCAGAUCAGCGAGUGUAUGGCUGCGGAGCUGGGAGACCUGGUGAAGUUGGAGUCUCCGGUGUACAGCGUCGACCAGACCGGAGACAAAGUCGUGGUCGAGACACUUAACAAGGAAACAUACAAGGCCAAGUAUGUGAUCCUGGCCACACCCCCUGGUCUGAACAUGAAGAUGCACUUUAACCCGGAGAUGCCCCCUCUCAGGAACCAGCUGAUCAGCCGUGUGCCCAUGGGCAGUGUGAUCAAGUGCAUGGUGUACUACAAAGAGAACUUCUGGAGGAAGAAGGGGUACUGUGGCAGCAUGGUGAUUGAGGAGGAGGAGGCUCCAAUUGGCCUGACCCUAGAUGACACCAAGCCUGAUGGGACUAUACCUGCCAUUAUGGGAUUCAUCCUGGCCCGCAAGUGCAGGAGGCUGGCAGACCUGACCAAAGAGGAGAGAAAGAAGAAGAUCUGUGAGAUCUACUCCAGAGUGCUGGACUCAGAGGAGGCGCUGCACCCUGUCCACUAUGAAGAGAAGAACUGGUGUGAAGAGCAGUACUCUGGAGGCUGCUACACCGCCUACUUCCCUCCUGGGAUCCUCACCCAGUAUGGCAGGGUUCUGAGGGAGCCAGUUGGGCGGCUGUUCUUUGCGGGCACAGAGACGGCCACAGAGUGGAGUGGGUACAUGGAGGGGGCCAUCCAGGCCGGCGAGAGGGCUGCCCGAGAGAUCUUGUGUGCGAUGGGAGAAAUCCCUGCAAGUCAGAUUUGGCAACCAGAGCCUGAGUCUAUUGAAGUUCCAGCCCACCCGUUCGUCACAACGUUUUGGGAGCGAAAUCUCCCUUCGGUGGGCGGCUUCCUCAAGUUCAUGGGCAUUUCAUCCAUCCUCUCCUUUGCCACGGCAGCCGGACUGACGGCCUAUAAGAAGGGGCUCCUGUCCAGAAGUUAAACCUCGACCGUCCCAUCAUCCUCCUUUCCAGCAUCUUCGACGACACCACACUUCCCCAGUAGUGCACUUCUCACCACAGCCCCAGGUUCAACACAUUGUCCCAUAGGAGGCUGAGGUAGAGCUGGUGCCCUCUGUGGGAGACGGGCUGUCAGUAACCCUACAUGCCAUGUCAAAGACUGUUCAGCUCUACACACACCUCGAGCCAUCGUUAUGGGUACACCAUGACACCAUCUCCCCUGACCAGACCAGGCCUUGCAAUUUUACUAACUCCAUUUUCAGUUCCAGUUACGUGAUACUGUCACCACGUUUGUAACAUCUCACAGGUCCGUAACAACUGUGUGAUGGCAGGUUAGAAUAUUGUAGAUAUGUGUGGAAAAGGGGUUGUCUUAAAGAGAUGCGUUUGUGGGGGACAAGGAAAGAUAUGCUUAUGUGUGAGGAUCCAACUUUGGUUCUUCAUCAGGGAAAUCUAAAUCGAUAUACAAACCAACGAAGGCCAAACUAAAUUCAAUAGAUAGACAAAUUGACAAAUAUAGCUUACCUAAUUGAACUGAUCAUUCCUUACACUACCAAUACAUGUAUUGAUCUGUAUUGGUCUGUUAUUUUCAUGUUUUCCGUGUAUGGGCGCUAAGGAGUGUACAAGAAUAUCUUAGCCUUGUGCUAUUACCUCUGCUGAUAUUAGGUGCUGAUUCCUGAAGGUUUAACAGCUGUAACCAGCUCUGAGAAACAUGUCAGGACACAUACCUGGACACAGCCUGGUUCUAGACUAUACCUACCCAUCAAUGCGGAUGCUUCGAUGAGAAGCGUUGUUAGGCCUAGGAUAGAAGAAGGCUGUGGGGACCACCAGACUGGCAUGUGUACAUCACAUCCUGAAACAGAAGAGGCAGACAUCUCACCCAGUGAAGUCUGUUUGUUCUCUACCAAGCUGCAGUGUAGGGUCCAGCUCGUUCCUGUACACUGAACGAAAGCAUUUGAAUGUAUGGUGAUCCUAAUUUUCGAUAUGAAUCAUCUAGGUAUUUUUUCUUUUCAUCGUUUUUACGAUUUGAAUCUCUCACGUAUGAAUAUAUUUGAAAUAUGCAUUGUAUUGUUUAACUAGACCCAGACUGGGGGGAAGUACAGAGAUGAAUCUGAAACUAAAAGAUUCCUAUUUAUAGUAUUACUAACCAGAGGAUGAUGCCCCUAAAGACAGUCCUCAAAUGUUCAGUGAAACUGAUGAAAGAAUACAAAUAUAAAGAAAUAAAACAUAAAUUGAACUAUCUGACAAGGUCAGUACAGUGGGGACAGUAUUACACACACAUAUUCGACCACACAUAUUCACUGGUGGGAAUACUGUCAUCUAAUUCUCUCCUUGUCAGACAGUGCUGUCUAUUUUUACACCCUCUAUCUAACAGCCAAACACUUUCAUGCCAUUAUUUACAUGAAGUUUCCCAAAGCUUUCAUCUGCUACACCAUUUUAUCUCCAAAUAAUUUGGGGGAUUAUCAAAAAAACGAUUGCCUGCUCAGAAAAUUCAACCAACCCAGGAAAAUGUAGCUGAACCUAAAAAUUCACAGCCCAAAUUUUUGGAUGUCUACUGUCAGUGCAUUAAGUCCAGGGAGUGGAUCAUUGUGUCGUCUUUCCAAAGACACGUGUGCGUGUAUGUUUGUCGUGAGUGUAGUCUGUGGUUGUGCCUUAAUGAAAGUCAUGGUGUUUGUCAUUUCUCAAGUGCCUGUGUGAUUAUGACACUAUCCUCUCCUCUCUAACGCUGUCCCUGUCUGUCUGCACUAGAAAGGAAAAGCUCAAAUAGACCCGGGGUAGCUCUCUGUUCAUCACCGUCUGGCCACACUGGAAAAGAUGAAACUGAAGUGUAUGUCUUGUCCUUUCUUAUAUGGCCAUGUAGUAAUGUAUUAGAACGGAACCAUACACACUACAGCACUGUCUGUUUGUGACUAAGCUCAUGUAACACUGCUUUGCUUUAACCACACACUGUAGGAUGCCGAUUGGGUCGCUUGGUUUAACAACUGCACCCGCUGCACUUCGAGACUGCGUUCAUUACGUUUAAACGAUGAGGUGGAGCCUGUCGUGAGCUCGUGUGGAACUCACCUUUUAAAAAAAAGUUCCAAAGUUCAGAGAUGGGAUCAGGGACGUGACCCCCCCACACAUGGCCCGAUUGACACCCACGUGGCGAGUGACCCGUCGGCUGCCUCGGCCGUCUGACGCAGUCGCCCCCCGCUGCAGCACACACAGAAGCGUGAGGACAGCCCUUCUUUUAGGGGCCCUUGUCUAAACGACUCCCCCCCCCCCCUCCCACCUGCAGUGAAGCUUGGUGUGACGUAACGUUGUGAUUGCUGUGCUGCUCUGCCUCUCUCUGUGGUCGCCACACGGGUGGACCUCGCUCUCCCCCGCUGCCUGGCUUCGAUGUUCCCGCGUUAGAAAUAGCAACGCCUCCUCUCCUACUCCCUCCACCUCUCUCCAGUCUCCUGCCCUCACAGCCCUGUGGAAGCGGGGUCUCACGACGUGGUUCACCACUGGUAUCACGAAGGGAGAGGAGUGGGGGCUGUGUUUUGGUGAAAUAUGAUAGGUUGUAAGAGGGUGGGAACGAUCAUGUGACGUGGCUCAUAUCUGUGUCCUUGAACUACAGUGCCCCGAACUGCAACAGACGCAACUGAGUAGGACAGGGUCUCUGCUCGUUCCGGAACAUCUGAUUGUUCAAAAUGCAGGGUUUGUCAGUUCCAGACACAGUACAGUAUGCUAUCUAAGGGGAUUCAGAUAACCUGAUUACUUCCUGUUUACUGUAAGAUCCUCAUCAGAUUCCUUCAUCCUGAUCAGAUUCCUUCAUUAUCCGGCUCUAGACUGUUCUGUAUUUUCCUUUAGCUGUGUGUAUGAGUAGUCCUACCUUAUUGUCCUGUGAUUGCAUUCUUUAUUGUCUUUGUAUGAUUCCACUACCAAGCUGGUGAUAUAAAAAGAGUUAACCAAA